AAGUUUCAAAAAUUACUUAUGAAUCCGCCUUAACAGCGUAACAUGCGCGCGCAGCUUUUAACAUCGUCCGCCGAAUCACUGAAAGUUUUGUGAAGUCACAAGUCGUCUCGACGUUUCUCCGAGUCUUCUCAGGACCAACUGGGAACGUAUGUUUCAUUAUAUCGACGUGUCUCACCACUUGCUAGUGAUUAAUUUACUCUAGAAAUAAAUAAUCAUGGACGAUGACUGGGAUGUUGAUAAUAUUGAAGCAAAACUUGAACUUGCUCUGAGGUCAAACAAAUGGGAAGGCGAGGACGAGGAGGAAGAAGUUAAGGACUCGUGGGAAGAUGUUGAAGAAGAAGAGAAGAAAGAUGUGGAGAAGCCAGCAGAGGCUCCAAAGGCUAAAGCAAAGCCUAAGAAAAAAGUUGCCGAGAAAAUUGAAGAGCGAGAGAGGAAAGAUCGUGAAGAGGCUGACAGAAAGGCAAGAGAAAAGGAAGAAGCAAUGACACCAGAAGAAAGGAGAGCAGAACAGCUGAGGAGACAAAAAAUGGCUGAGGAGGCUGAUCUUCGUCUUGCAAUGGAAACAUUCGGCGUGACAGCACUUGACGCAAUGAUGCCGGAUACUAAGGAGGAGUUUGAUCAGUUUGGGGAACAACUUAUUGCGAAAAUCAACCAAUUCAACAAGCACACGGAGUUUCCGGCGUUCGCUGAAGAGUUAAUAAAUCGUAUAGCAGUGAAUCUGUCUUCGAUCUCUUUGAAAAAGAUAAAAAUAACAAUGGACAAUUUAGCAAUUGAAAAAUCAAAGAUCGAGAAAGGCGAUAAGGGAAAGAAAAACAAGGGUAAAGGAAAGGCGAAAUUGAAAAUUGAAGGUGAAAAUACUCAUCUCAGUGAAUACGGAUAUGACACUUACGACAACGAGUACGAUGACUUCAUGUAGCGGCCGUCCAUAGGAAAUCAUCUCACCCUACCAUCUAGUCGGCUCUACACACUUACGCAAUGACAUGAAAAUUGAAUGAAUUUUCCAUACAAUAAAGUUACGGGGAUUUUAGUCUGAUCGCAGAGAAACCAAGACAGUGCAUUGAAUCCAAUAAAUGCAUAUUUUCAGAUUCAUCAGUUAUAAGGUUGUCAAAAUGCUGAAUGAAUUCAAAAGAAAUGAUUAAAAAAUCAAAGACUCUGCUGUUGGUGUUAUUCAAUAUUGAAGAUUUAUUAAAAAACUAAAACAGUGAUUAUCUAUGUGUGUAUUGACGACGAUUUUAUGAUCACAACAAAUACUGAUUUCCCCGGGUUUACGGUGCAGGACGAUUCAGAGAUAGUUCAAUUAAGGUGACUGUGCUGAUGUUUUAUCGAUGAUGUUCACUGGAUUACGGGGACCCGCAAUACAGCUUGUGUUGAUACACUAGUUCAAAGAAACGAAUGAUUGAACAAAAUAACAGAUGCAAAUAAUCCGUUGACAUUUGGUUUUGAAUUGCGCAUAUUUCUAAAUAAAGGUUGAUCACAAACUUUAAUAAA